AUGUCCAUAAACCACUUUUCCUCAGACCACCCAGAAACCCAGUGGUGGCCUAACACUGGCCACCAACAACAACAAGACCCCUCCAGACCCCAUUUCCUCCCUCAAUUUUAUCAAGACACCCACCACCACAAUUACCAGGCUUGGCUCAACUCCCAAGAGCAACCCACACCCAUGUCUCCUACUCCUCCCACCCCCACCACCCUCAAUUUCAAUCUCAACCAAAACGACGCCGAAUCGGACCACGCCAACCAUUUACAGCACCAGCUCCUCCUCCAAUCCUCCCCGCCGCUCGACGACCACGACGAGGAGAACGAGCCCAUGUUCGAGAAGCCCUUAACCCCAAGCGACGUCGGGAAGCUGAACCGCCUUGUCAUCCCGAAGCAGCACGCGGAGAAAUAUUUCCCACUCGGCGGGGGCGACUCGGGGCUCCUGCUGAGUUUCGAGGACGAGUCGGGCAAGUCCUGGCGCUUCCGCUACUCCUACUGGAACAGCAGCCAGAGCUAUGUCCUCACCAAAGGGUGGAGCCGCUACGUUAAGGAGAAGCGCCUCGACGCCGGAGACGUCGUUUUGUUCGAGCGCCGACGCUCCCACACCGACCGCCUCUUCAUAGGCUGGAGGCGCCGCUCCGCUGCCGCCACUCCCUCGGCGCACGAUAGUGGGCCUGGCGCUACGCAGGUUAGCGGAGGAGCGGGCGAGAGCAGCGGCAGCGGCAGCGUGGGGGGCUGGACCAGGAUGUUCUAUUCUGCGCCGCAUCAUAAUAAUAAUGAUGGUGGUUCGUCUUAUCCUGCGCACCAGUAUCAUAAUCAUAGUGUGGCGCCAUACCCACCUGACUGUCUUCAUGCAGCAGGGUCCGGUGUCCAGAGCAUGAGUCAAACGACGUCGUCGGUUGGGAGCUCGAAGAUACUGAGGCUGUUUGGGGUGAACUUGGAGUGCCAGCAGCAGGCUGACCACGAGUCCGAGCCAUCCACACCCGAUGGCUCGUCGUCUUUGUCCAUGUCAUCGAGCCAGGGUCCAACCCCACACCACCACUUGUACCCCCGAGCUGCUUAUGACUAUGGUGCAGACCAGAGGUUUCUCCCGAGAUGGGAACUCCAUGAGAAAUCGCCGAGGAUAAAAAUCUGGGAGAAGGGGAACCAAAAGGAAGGUGGAGUGGUGGUGGGGAAGGACAACAGAAGGGAUAGACACUCUGCUUCUCCUUCUGCUGCAGUUAAAAGGGAAAAUGAUGGGUGGGGUCCACCGGGGGGUGGAAAAAAGAGUGAUGGUGGUGGUGGUGGAGGUGGAGGUGAUUGGUGGAUGGAUGGAUGGAUGGAUGGAUGGAUUGUUGGGUGGGUGGAGAUAGUGAGUGGGUGCGUGGACUUAGAAUAG